AUGUCAUUGAGUUUGUCAAGGCAGAUUGAUCUUGGAUUUGAAGUUGAUCUCUUCAACUUUUUUCUGGGAUGUCUCAUGGUGCAACUCAUGUCAAUCCACUGGGAGUUGGCUAUUGUUGGAGCUGUUUUCUGUUACUUGCUCAUGUAUCUUAACUCCCAUUUGGAUUCUCAAACACAAAGUGAGACUUUUAACCUUGCUGAGCAUGUAACUGUAGAAAUUGAUGAUGCUAAUUCAGUGCAAGUUGGAGCUGGUAGUCAAUGCAACCAAGAACUUAUAUAUACCAUUUUGGGGAUUGAGGAAAAAAGAGAAGACACAGUAAUUUUCCCCACUGACAUGGAAGCUAGACUUAGGGAGGCAAUUGUUGCUGGGUUUGUUGAUGAGUGCUAUCACAUUUACUUCACUUGGAGGAGGCAAAUUUUGGACCCAAAACUACUGAAAAUCGGUUUACAUAAGCUUGACAUCAAAGAGAUCAAGAAUGUACCAUUGAACUACCUAGAAAAAAAGAUUCAACGUUGGAUCAUGGCUUCCAACUAUGUUCUUAGAGCACAACUUCCGGAAGAAAGGAAGCUUUGCAACCUUGUAUUCUCCAGUUAUUCUCUUCAUGCUGACAUUGCUUUCAUGAAGAUAAGCAGGGGAUCCAUGACUCAGUUACUGAAUUUCGCCAAUGCUGUGGCUACUGGGACCGGUUCCCCAGAGCGUUUGUUCAGGAUCCUUAAAGUGUUUGAGGCAUUGAGAGAACUAUUACCUGAGAUGGAGUCAUUGUUUUCUGAUCAGUAUAGUGUGACUCUCAGAGAUGAGGCAAUUGCAAUCUGUGAAAAGUUGAGGGAAGCAAUCAAAAGCGUUUUUAAGGACUUGGAGAAUAUGUUAUGCCAGGACCCUCCUACAAGGGUGACUGUUCCUGGUGGAGGGCUUCAUCCAAUUACACACUAUAUAAUGAACUAUCUCCGUGCUGCUUGUCAAUCUCUGAGGACAUUGGAGUAUGUCUUUGAAAAUGAAAACCUUGAAAUGUCAUUAUCUUCUCCACUUUCUUUUCAGGUGGUUCGGAUUAUGGAAUUGUUGGAGAGGUAUUUGGAGGCCAACUCAAAAAUGUACCAAGGACCAUGCUUGCACUUUGUUUUCAUGAUGAACAACGUGAGGUACAUUGUUCAGACUGCAAAACAUAGUGAACUAAGACAACUGUUGGGUGAACUCUGGAUCCAGAAACACAUAGCACAAGUCAGACAAUACCUUGUAAACUACGAGAGAAGCUCAUGGGAUCAGGUACUUGGUAUGUUUAAGGUAGAUAAUGAUCAUGUAUUUGUGGAGUCCUUCAAACAGAAGCUUAGCCUGUUAAUCUUGCAAUUUGAAGGGAUAUGUAAAGUGCAGUCUACAUGGGUUAUCUUUGAUGAAAGGCUAAGAGAAAAGAUUAUAAGUUCGUUGAAAAAAAUCCUGUUGCCAGCAUAUGAAAAUUUCUCUGCAAGGUUCCAAAAUGUUAUGGAGACACAAGAAGAUACCAAUAUAUAUAGUGACCUUGGGUUUGGGAUCCAAGAUAUUGUGACCGGAAUAGACAAGUUGUUUCAAGGAAGAGAUGAGCUCAAAAAGCACAGAAAUAUGCAACCAACAUGGACCAUAGUCUUGCCCAUUAACAAGGAUUUCUAUGAAUGGAGGAAGCGGGGUCAAGAUGCAUUCCUCAAUUCUUCAUAUCCAAGGGAUUACUACUGGUGUAUUCACAAGUUUGAUCAAGGUUGCCAGGCAACCAAACAGGUCCAGCAAAUACAAGAAAAUCCUACAAAGUUCAUGACUAGGUAUACUGGCUUACAUACAUGCAGAAUGGGAGCUAACGCUCCAGGAAUGCUUACAGAAGCUAAUACUCACGAAACAUUUAUUGUUAACCAUCCUGAUCAGUAG